CAUCUCUCACAGCACCUCUGGCCUCCAAUGGCUGAAUCAUCCGAGAAGGACUCGUCCCUGCUGCGGAAUCGCGUCGUCGACUCCAUCAGCAAGAGGGCCGAGAAUGUCAUCAAGCACGACUAUGACAAAGCCAAGGUCAUGGCCUCUGAUGCCAUGAAGAGCCAGGCAUAUCUCUAUCCCAUCAAGGGAAUCUUCUACUUCCUCAACCAUCGCAGCUUGUGGAAGCCGCUGCUUGACCGGGUCCUUCCCUAUGGCCUACUCAGUGUCUCUGUUAUUGGCGGCAUGUUCGCCCUCGCAUAUCUGCCACAGCUGGCUGUUCUCGUGCUCUUCAAUGGCCCGCUGGCGGUGCUUUCCACAGUCCUCCUCACGCUCAACGAAAGUGCCAUGAUCAUUCAACUGAUCUCCCGUAACUGGCUGCUCCAAGAUGCUCUCCUGGAUACCUUUGACGGCACGCUGGUUGCGCGAAACGCAACCGGCCUCGUCCAACAAGGUCGCGAAGUGCGCCCAGGGAACGACCCGAUCAAGAAGCUGGGCAAGGUGUUCAAGAAGCGGUUCGAAAGUAUUAGCCUUACUUCAAUGAUCCGGAGUCUGAUGUACCUGCCUCUGAACUUCAUCCCCGUCGUGGGCACUAUUACUUUCAUUUUCCUCAACGGUAAACAGAGAGGCAAGGCCGUGCACAAUCGGUACUUUCAACUCAAGAGCUGGUCCGAGCCCCAGAAGACACAGUGGCUCAAGAGUCACUCUGGAGCUUACGCAUCCUUUGGCCUCGUCGCGACCCUCCUCGAGAUGAUCCCGGUGGUGUCGGUCCUCUUCUCUUACACAAAUACUGUUGGCGCUGCCCUUUGGGCUGCUGAUAUCGAACAUCAGAACAACGCCAUGGUCAAAGAGACCGCCCCCAACCUGAGGCAGGCUGCCGAGGGUGCUGAGUGAGCUUUCCGGCUUCGCCGCCAACCGGAAAGAGGAUUUCCUUUGUCAAACAGAAUGCCAAAGUAGUAUCGUAUUAUGAUACACGCAACAGUCAUCGCAAUGUUUGCUGCCGGGAUAUGCAUCGCUGCUUCCUUUUGGGCGACCGGCAACCGCACACGGCUGGAUCGUCUAUUUAUGGACUCCUCAACAAGCACUCGUGCUCCGCGUAUGGGACUCGAGAUGCUUGGCAUCGGUAGCAUCCUGAUGCACCGCAAAUGUUCACACCGGUGGAGGCUUCUUGCAACAUGGGUUUGUAGUAUUAGCAUAGGAAUAAGAGCGGCCAGAUUUCGGUUUCUCAUGAGACAGUCUCAGACCAGCAACAUCGUCCAGGAACAUAUCUCAGCCAGGGCUGAAUCCUCCAUUCGUGGCAAAUUAGGCUCUCGGUCUCAUACUGUCUUAUCCUGAUGCAUGCUAACAUGAUGUCUUACUGC